ACGCUCAGACGUUCCCCUAGUUUUUGACUGCUGGCUGAAGCCUGAUAGAUAUUUGUUUACACUUGUUGCAAUGGCGACCAUCACAGAACUGAAAUGCGCAGUGAGGGAGACGCUGGAGUCCCGCGGUGUGUUGAGCCAGCUGAAGGCCCGCAUCAGGGCGGAGGUGUUCAGCGCCCUUGAUGACCAGAGGGAACCUCGACCUCCGCUGUCCCAUGAGAAUCUGCUCAUCAACGAGCUCAUCCGAGAGUACCUUGAAUUCAACAAGUACAGAUACACUGCCUCUGUGCUGACAGCAGAAUCAGGUCAGCCUGAAGUUCCCCUGGACAGACAGUUCCUGGCAAAUGAGCUGAAAGUGGCUGAGGAUGCAAGUUCCAAAUCUGUGCCUCUUCUUUAUGGCUUGGUGUCCCAUUUUGUGAGCAGCAGUGGUGAUAAGGGAGGGAAGGUGUUUCUGAGGGGCGCCUCCGUCCCAGCAGGUACCACUGCCAGCAGCACAGUGCCUGGACCUGAUGCCUGAAAGUUUGUUGAAAUAAGCUGGGCUCCUCUCAUCCAAUGUUUACCACAAAGCUGCCUAUCAUAUUUUCCCCAAACAAGGAUUAUAAUUCAGAGAUUGAUUUGCUGAGCUGAAUAUGAAUGAACAAAGCUUUUCUACUAUUUUAAACAUUGCCAAACAAUCCUAGGUGGUCUAAUUAUUUUUGCAUUUUAAGUUGUGGCUUUAUCAAUAUGUUUAAUAUUUGAUUUCAGUCAAAUAUAUAGUGACACCAUGUGCAGUAAUCUUAGGUGAAUUGCUUCACGGUUCACUGAUGUGUCAGAUUUAGCCUGCUUGUGGGUACUUUGUCAUUACUCUCCAUAACCCAGGCAAAAAAUGUUGAGAUUACAUUCCUUUGGGCCCUCUCUAGCUUCAGUUACAAAUAUUUCAUGAUGCUAUUUUAUACUGUCUUUUUUAUGUUUGUUUUUUAUAAUAAAUAUUUCUAUAUUUAUACUGUGAA